GAAAAAAAAAAAAAAAAGAAACAGAAGGGCAUCUUGGUAAAUUCAAUAAGAGAUAUCGACAUGUCCCGUAGUUCCUUAUGAAAAUUGCCCUAACACUAACAGCAUCCCGUCGGCCAUCGCCAUAGAUAGAAUUCUGGUUGAACCGGUUUACUGAUCCACCAUAUGAGCAGAAGACAUUCGGUGAAUCGGCCGCCGACGCCGGACGUACAAGAUGAUGACCGUCGAUCACAGGAGCCUACGCUUCUUGAGAUCGUCAAUAUUAAGUUAAUUGAGAGUGGAGAGAAGGAGCGGUUGAUGGAAUUGGUGAGGGAGAGGCUGUUGGAGUGUGGUUGGAAGGAUGAAAUGAGAGCUCUUUGCAGGGCAAUUAUAAAGAAGAAUGGUAGGGAAAAUGUCACAGUAGACGAUCUUGUUCGUGCCAUUACACCAAAAGGCAGAGAAGGAAUAUCAAAACCGAGUUUGCUGCAAUGUUAUGCUUUUAUCAUCACUUCAUGCAUAUGUGAUAUGUCAACGCUUUCUGAUUGCUACAGGCUGGAUAUUGUUGUUGGUGUUGAUUUCAUAUUGCUCGUCAUUCCUAAAAGGACCUUUGCUUACAUUCUCGCUCCGCCUUGGGUUGAAGUUCAACAUUUUGUGGUUAAUAUUGUUGAACUUAUUGUCUUCCUGAAAUCCAAGAUUGUCUCUUGGUCGUAUUCCGGUUUGGGCCUUAAAGAGAUCAAGGCUAAUCCUCCACUUGGGCUUUGA